AGCAAUGUUAAGAAUCAUUGCGGCGCUUGUGGUUGGCGUGAGUUACUAUCCGUUCUUCGCUUGUAUUUCAACUCAUCAACGGUUGCUCGGAGCUGUGCUUGGAACGAUAUUUUCGAUAAUAUGGUAGGUACUGUACGUUUGUUCAAUAAUUGAUGAGUUUCAUGCAGAAAGCCUUACCAGGAAGCGUGUUUAUUUUCUUAUUCUGAUAACUGUCGCUUGACCAGCAUAGUGAAACCAACCGACAUUUGCAAUUUCUAUUGCCUAUGUUACGAUUCAAUGUUUAAAAUAAAGAAACAAUGGGUGUUUCCAGCUAUAGACUAAAUUUUGAUCAAGGCAAGAAGAACGAAAUCCAACACCACAGCUAGAAUGAGCGUCUUAGAACGAGUUAAACGGCAAGGAUUGGUUGCUAAAUGUUGUAAAAUGAAGAAAAUAUAGCCCUGUGAAGUUUGAUAUAUUUGAUAUUACGCGCGGUAAAAGCAAAACUUUCGGCUCAAAAUGGUUAUUUUUCCCGCUCGUAAUGCAAAUAUAUACAAAAUUUGCGAACUUCACAGGGCUACAGUAUAUUUUCCUCAUUUUACAACAAUUCACAACCAAACUUUGCAAUUGUACUCAUUUUAAGAAUCAUCCAUUUCUUGUUCUGUUUUUUAAAGGUUCCUGUCGUAUCUGUUUCGAUUAAUCGACUGUGCGGACUCGCCUGAUAACUCGGUAAGAAAUGACAUAAUGAUCUCAGGCAAGUGACGUUUUGACAACGACAAACUGACAGAAACACAAUUUUUAAUCCAGUUUCUCAUCCGACGUCUGUGUUGACAAAAAUUGUGUUCGCACUGCUUGUUCCCAGUUGUUGUAACAAGUUUGGAACAAGUUGUAACAAGCUUGAUGGCAUUGUUAGAGUUGAAAUCUGCUGUGUUGGUGUAAUGUACUCAGGUGAAUAUCGCUUACUCGAACCGUCCUGACCGCGUAGCUCAGUUGGAAGAGCAUUGGGCUAGUAUUCCAAAGGUCGUAGGUUCGAAUCCCGCCGUGGCCAGGCAUAUUUUUCAAGCCUGCCCGGUGUGGAUAUACACUCAGAGUAACAUCACACAAACAUCUUAUUGUUAGACUUGUUACAAGGUUGUUCUAACAAGUCUGAUACAGUUACGAUAUAACAAGAAUGUUACAAGGUUGACGACACAAGGUUGUGUCAAUAUUGUUAUAUCAUGACUGUAUCGGACUUGUUGGAACAACCUUGCAACAAGUAUGACAAUAUCAACGAGGUUGUUACAACUAUUAAGAAGUUAUUCCAUAUUGUUAACAACUUGGGACAAGCAAUGCGAACACAAUUGUUGAAGACUUGUUGGCAGACUUGCUACAAGAUGUGAGAUUUUCACGAUUAUAACGUUUUAAUAUUGUUGUUUAGUACACAGUGGUAGAGUCAAUUUUGCAACAAGCGACAUCUGUAUUGUUUCAUGGUCUCCUGCUGCUCUCGUUUAUCCGUGUGUUGAUACGAUGUUUGAUCAGUAAAAGACGAGGCAUCGUUGUGGUAUGUUAAACAUUCACCAUUUCUCCUUUCUCUACAAGACACCGAUGAUUUAUCAAUGUGUAGUACAGACCUGGAAAAAACGGCGAGAUCUCGGGAUCUUGAGGAACAUUUGUCUUAUAGCAAGAAGAUUGAAUAUUUCAAUUUUUCAUACAUGCAUGCAUACUUUAUGAGAGAAUCUGAAUCAUUAUAUCAGACCUCCUUAUCUGUCAUUUGAGAUUGUGAAGAUAAAGAUAAGAUAAAUUAUCUAUUUUGCACUUGUGUGUUACAUGGAAAUAUUAUUUAAAGUUUAUUUACAAAAAAUAAGUGCUGGCCCCCUGUUAUAACCAUGAAGGCCAAUCGAGACAGGUGGUCAUUAAUAUAUUAUAAUACUAUUAUCUAAAGAGUGUCACAAGAAGGUGCAAACAAAGUCGAAAAGAUUAGAAAAAGUACACAAAGUACAAAACAAAACAAAACAAAACAAAACAAAACAAAACAAAACGAAACAAAACAAAACACAAAACACAAAACACAACAAAACACAAAACACAAAACAAAACAAAACAAAACAAAACAAAACAAAACAAAACAAAACAAAACAAAACAAAACAAAACAAAACAAAACAAAACAAAACAAAACACAACAACAAAACAAAACACAACACAACACAACACACACAACAAAACACACAACAAAACACACAACAAAACACACAACAAAACACACAACAAAACACACAACAAAACACACAACAAAACACACAACAAAACACACAACAAAACACACAACAAAACACACAACACACAACAAAAACAAGACAAGACAAGACAAAACAAAGCAACACAGUGAGACAAUGAAGUGUAGUUCAAUGUUCAAAUUUUCCAUCGUGUUUAUGCACUUUUGAGAAACAUUUGAAAAGGACAAAUUCAGGAUCCGAUGAACAUUAAACACUUUUCCCAGCUCUGUAUAAAUAUGGUAUUUACCAAACAAACAAUAUACACGCGUUUCUUUCCACUCCGUUUUAGUCGAAAGAUGAAUGGAAAGAGAAUUAUAAAUAUCACUACGUCAAAAAACUAUUGAAACCUGUUCCGAAAAGGUAAAUGGCCUAUACUUUCCACGAUUUACUCAUAUUGAUACGGAAUUCUUCUAAGGAUUUUCAUACUUUUCAAAUUUUUAAAAUUACAAUGUAUAUAAUGUGUUUAGCAACUCAACAAUGGCUGUAUUGAAUUGUUCUCUUUCUAGCAAUGAAACUGUGAUUGAGAUGAACGGUUUAAAAAAAAAAAUUGUCUCAAAUGUGUACAGAUGGAAGCCAGGUAUAGGAAAAAGUAUCAUGUUUAUCAAUUAUUCGACAAACAAGAAUAAUUAUCUUGAUAAUCAUUAGUUAUAUAAUCAUAGAAGAUAAUGAUCCGUGAUUAUGUUUUUGUUUCUUGUAGAUUUUAAAUAUUCAACGCGAAUUAUUUGUAUCUACAUUACUGGUGGCGCUUGCUUGUAUUUGGUAAUUAUGAUUGACUUGAAUAAGUCACAGGUCGUAGGUUCGAUUCCCACCGUGGCCAGGCAUAUUUUUCAAGCUUGCCCGGUGUGGCUAUACACUCAGAGUAACAUCACAAGCAUGAUCUACAGCAUAUUCCAAACCCUAACCCAAAUCCUAACGCCGCACAUCUUAUGACAAGGUUGUUGUUCCAACAACUCAACAAGUCUGAUAUCGUCUACACUUAACAAGUUGUUAGCAAGUUGAUGACAACAAGCUCGUAGCAACUUGUUACGAACAGUCUGUAUUAGUCUCGUUGGAAAACUUGUAGCAAGUCUGUUACCGUCAUCAACCUUGUAACAAGAUGAUAACAACUUGUUCCAGACUUGUCACAACAACUGGGAACAAGCAGUGCGAACACAUCCUGAUAUUAGCUUCACAACAACCUUGUAACAAUUUGUUUUCAGAUCUGUAACGGCCUUAUCUCGGGGCCCAUUUUCACUCAGGAAAAUUUUCCGCAGAAAGAAAAUUUUGUAAAAUGCGAUUGGCCGACACAAAUUUUCCGUCGGAAAUAAAGUUUGAAGUUGAAAAUUUUCAAACUUUUAAGUAUGAUAUUUUCGGAAAAUUCUCUGUCCGUGGAAAUUUUUCCUGAGUGGAAAUGGAUUCAAAUCUAUCCAUGUCUUCGACAGGUUAUCAUAUUUUACGCAAUUUUCGGUCGCUAUCUCAAACUGAUCGCAGAUGGCAUGGUUGACAUCUUAGAAACUGAAGGAAUCACCGGGGUGGACUGGGCCAAAGUCAAGGAUGGUAUUAAAGUAGUAAUAAGUAAGUUGUCUUUUUGUGUGUUUCAAUAAGCGUUAUGAGGUAAAGGUGGUCGUCGACCUCUAAACUAUUGAGACACUUAUAGGGGCAAGGAAAUUAAAUAUAACUAGAGGGACAUGCAUAAAUUAUACAAUGAGCUAAUUACAAAGCAUCAUCUGUUGUAUGAUCGUGCUUAGAGUCUACUUAUUUAAUACCCCCGCUAAUAAUCUACGCAAAUAAUUAUCUUUCCAAUGUCUACCAGUAUGCUGGAUGGUCGCAAUUGGUGUGGCAACUAUCAAAGACUUGGUUAUGAUCGCAAAUAUGUUAUCCUGGUAUAGGUAGGUUUAACAAUGAAAUGUUUAAUUGUAAGCAACAUGUGAACGACAUCGCUAACAAAAUCAUAUUCAUCAUUUUUUCAGAGGUCACGUACUUCGUUUGCAAAGAGGAGACAGGUCGUUCCUACCAUACAACAUAGAAAACCAAGAUCCCGUAAACAUUAUGGUAUGCUUUUUUAGAAUUGGUCAGCUUGAUCGAGCUAUCCAAUAUACAUAACUUUCAUUUCCAAUAUUUACACUGGAUCAACAAGAGAUGAUCCUUACUCCAGGAAGAACAGUUUGGAAGUCGUAGAACUAUCCAGGAUAAGUAUAGCCUGCGAACAGGCUCUCAAACUGAAUUGAGAGCCUGCAUCGAUGACUAAUGAAUUUGAAUACCUGCGUCUCAAAUCGUGAUGAGAAAAUUCUCAUUGGUCAGAUGCUAUAAUUUAUAUUAUUCCGCUGAGCUCUAUAUAUGUCAACUGCUAAGCACUAUGCAUAAAAAACACAUUAACUGAUAAAAUUGGUCUUGGCCAUCUUAUCUCAAAGCACGAAAUGUUCUGUUUUGAGAACACAGUAUUCAAAACAUUUAAACUUUUGCUUCAAUAUCUUAUAUUUCGAAAAACAGUAUAAACUGUACGGUCUAAAUUUAGUUUGCAUGGUCCAAAUUUAGUUUGCACGAAAGUUGUAAACAACACCAUAUAAGGAUAGACAUUCCAUGUUUGGAAAAAUGAACGUUACGGGGCAGAUAUUCAAAUUCAUUAGUCAUCGAUGCAGGCUCUCAAUUCAGCUUGAGAGCCUGUUCGCAGGCUAGUAUAAGUAGAGUUUAGUUUAGGACUUCUUCUGAAGUAAAACAAGAGUAAUGACGAGUUUAGAUGGGAAUGGUCGAACUCUUUUCUUGCGUUAUUCAGGUUGCAAGCUUUAAAUUCGCUGGUUAUCAAGCUGGAUACAUACUUUGGAGUAAGUUACAAGAUUUCAUGUGAAGAACUCUAAUGCUUAGGGUCCUUUCGUUCUAUUCUAUGUUUUCGUAAACAAGAAAAUUGAACAAUUUGGUGAAUGUGAACUCAUAAUUGUUUCUCUAGGUUUUCUGAUCACUCAUCUUGUGAUAUUUUUUAUCGUAACUGUCAUUGCCAUCGGGUUUGUUUGGCCUUUGACUUAUGGAGUAUCAUUUAAAGAUGCUCUUAUUCCGUCUAUAAUAUUAACGAUAUGGUAUGUAUUUUAAAAAAUAUUGGCUAUCUUUAUACGCGUAAUAUACGAUAAUAAUCAUUAUCAUCAUCAUCAUCACAAUUACCAUCAACCAGUAUCAUCACCAUCAUCUUCACAACCAGCAUCAGUACCAUCACCACCACUAUCUUCUUCAUCACCAUUACCAAAACCACCACCACCAUCAUCAUCAUCAUCACCCACCACGCCCAUCAUCAUCAUUUUCACCAUCACUACCACUAUCAUCAUCAUCUCAUUACAACCAUUAUCAUCACCAAUACAAUCAUCAUAAUUAUUAUUACUACCACACAGCCACCAUCAUUAGCAUCAUCACCAUCAUCACCAUAAUUUUCAUCAUCAUCAUCUUCAUCUCAUCACAAUCAUCUUCAUCACCAAUACAAUCAUCAUUACCACCACCACACAGCCACUAUCAUCACCACCACCAUCACCACCAUCAUCUUUAUCGCAACCAACAAUAUCAUCACCAUCAAUAUCAUCACCACCAUCAUCAUCACCACGUACCAUCAUCACCACGUACCAUCAUCACCACGUACCAUCAUCAUCAUCAUCAUCAUCACCAUCAUCAUCAUCAUCAUCAUCAUCAUCAUUAACAUCAUCAUCACAAUCAUCAUCAUCAGUAUCUCAACUUUAUAAAUAAAAUAAUGAUUUCUAAAUACAGGCCAACCUUUAUGAUCACAUUAAUAACAAUAAUAGCACAAAAACUGAUGGCAAAAUAUAUUUUCCUGCGAGAUUCUGGCGCUAUGUUGGCAUUAAAUAAUCGGUAAGUUAAAUAUUAAUAAAUAAUCGCUUUUACAACAGACUUAAUAGAACUGAUAGAGCUAUCCAGUAUACAAAACAGAGUCAGUUUAGUUUAAGUUGUCUUCCUAUAGUAAUACCGGAUCAAUCGGGAAUUUCUCUUACUGAACUUCUACAAAGAACUGUUUACAACUGAUAGAGAUAUCCAGUAUUAGUUUAGUGUACAGACUACAGUGUGUUCUUUCUCGAAGUGCAAACAUUAAAUCAUUUUAAAUGUUUUUCUUUAGGCGUCUAUUCCACAUUGCUUCAUAUUUCUUCUUCUUUCUCAACAUAUUUGUGGGACUUUUCUCUUGUCUAAUUCGGAUAGUUUACGCUAUUGUCCUCGGAGCGCUGUUUCUUCCUAGACUGCAGAAGAGCGCCUUGCCAAGGGACUGGGAAUUAUUUGAUCCAGGUAAGGUUGACAAGUUGUAAAAGGAUAAAUAAUACAUACAAUAUCAGCGGCUUGUGUCGGUUUGUAUUAUACAAGUUGGUUUGUAUCAGAUGUACAAGCUCUUACGACUCUAACAACUUUUCGUAGCGGGACGAAAAAGCACCUAUCCGAUACGAAAUGUACAACGUUCAGAAGCAGAGCGAAACAACAUCUCUCCUUUAAAAAUUUCUCCAAAAAUAGCGUUCCUAAAAGGUACCGAUAGGUGUUAUUUUCACGACGCUAUGAAAAGAUAUUCGGUAUAGUGUUAACAAAACCUAAUACGAGUCUAUCCUUGCAGGCUACAAAACCUAUAUUGGGUAUCUAUUCCUGGAGCACACGCAUACAAAUCCAAUCCUUUUUACAUUCAACCGUUUGAUGUGGGAAACCGUACAAAAAAUUGAUGAGAGCGAAACCAACAACCUCGUGAUUGAAAGCGUGCGCAAAGUGGACGGAAGUGUUCGCAAAGUGGACACACGCAAAGCAAGGAUCCGAUGGUUUGUUACAGUAACCUUGAUCAAUAAUCCUGGCCUUGUAGAAUUAAGAAGACGUGAAAUGCCGCAGCCAGAGAAGGAGAAAGGUCCCUGCCCCAUUAAACAGUUUACGACUAAAGUCGCGCGAAAGAUUGAGACAAUACGAGAAAAUUGCCAACAUAAACACGAUACGGAAUUCUAAUGGUUUCAUUUCGACACAAAUGCAUGUUUAGUUGCAACUUAUUCAGUUCAAGCAUCGAAACUGAGGGACUGUUUACUGUACAUGAUCUCGGGACGAGAUGUGAGGAGGGAUGAUUUUGAUGUGUUGAAAUAAGUCAGGGUGUACUAUUCAAGCAAAACUACAUUAUUUUUCUGGCGAUAGAUUAUAAUAUGAUUGUAAGGUUGUUCAAGCAGCAUCUGUUUAAUUACGUGGUUCCCCACAAUAUUCCUAUACAUUCAUUUUGUUAUGCGCUUAAUUAAUAAUUUGCAACAAAUAUUUAAUGAAGACGAAGUAACGAGAGCAAGAAUAUUGAAGGAACUUGGAAAACAGAUUUCAACGAGUGUUAAUUUCGUAUUACUUGACCUUCAAUGCAUGCCAAGGACAUGACACAUUCACCAAUAUCGAUUAUUUAUAAAAUAAUUAUUUUUGUAAAAUACAGGCAUUUGAGAAUUACAAUUAGUUGC